AUGAAUGAAUUAUGUACAGCUUGUUUAUGUGCGGGGCGGCUUUUAUUUUAUAUAGAAGGAACAGAAAUUUACAAACUUUACACUCAAAUUCUACGAGAGAUUUCGAUUACUGAAGACAUGCUAUCUGGAUGUGUGCGUGUGUGCUGGGAAUGCCGAGCAAUGUUGCACAGAGUAAAUAAAUUUAAAAGCCAAACACAGCAAUGUUACGUAGAGUUAAUGCAACAUGUAAACAAGAACUCUGGAAAAUUCCACAAUCUACAGAAAUCUCCUCAUCUUCAAAUCCACUCCAUCCACAACUACAGCUAUCCAGAGCUGGUCAUCAAGCAGGAGGAACCCGAGGAUUUGGCAGAACUGGAUGGGUUGGAGGACAGUGACACUCAUUAUGAGCCAGAGACUUUUGUAAAUGAUUUGGAAGUAGAGAAGGAAAUAAAGGCAACGAAAAAGAAGCCAAAACAAAAGGUGAAAUUAAAAAAGAAGAAAGCAAAGGAAUGUCCAGAGGGAGUGGAGGAAGAGCCGUGCCUCGCUGUGGGGAGUAAGAGGGAGUUUGUGUGCCAACAGUGUGGGGAGGGUUUCACUAGUGAGGAGGAAAUGGAGAAACAUGUAGAAAAAGCGCAUGUCCAAAUACCACUAAAACAAAAUGGCGUCAAAAAAAAGACAAAGGAGCAGUUGCCAGAGAAGCCGCAGUGUGUGGAGUGCGGGAAGAUAUUUAGUUCUAAAAAAACCUACAGAUACCAUCUAAACGUGCUGCACAAGGGGCAGAACCGCUACCCGUGCCCGCGCUGCGGGAAGGUCUACCAGUGGAAGUCCAACCUCGGCCGCCAUCUCCGCACCCACAAGGCGCGCGACGCGGGCGAGCUGCAUUGCGGCGCCUGCGACAAGCGCUUCGCGUCCGUCGCCACCUUCCGCCAGCACCUGCGCGUGUCGCGCCGGCACGUCUCCGAGACGGACUUCACGUUCAUGUGCAACGAGUGCGGCAAGAAGUUUGUGAACAAGACGCGCCUGCGCGACCACAUCGACUGGGAGCACCUCCACAACAUCAAGUUCCGCUGCCAGCUCUGCGACAAGCCAUUCAAAUGUCACACGUCGUUGUAUGUACAUAUGCAGAAUGUUCAUCGCAAUAAAGAGAAAAAGGACAAUUUGUGUCACGUCUGCGGGAAGUCGUAUCAGAACGCGGCCAAGCUGAAGUACCACAUCGUGGCGAUGCACACGCGCGAGACGCCCUACGCCUGCGCGCACUGCGGCGCCGCCUUCGGCUGGUACUCCUCGCUCUACCGCCACGUGCGCGAGGUGCACUACAAGAUGAAAGUGCAGCCGAAAAAGUCGAAGAAAACGAAGAAGCCUCCCGGCGACGCCGCCAUCCCG